AUGACAGAUACCUCCCCAGUCGCCAUCACGCAUCCAACCACGGAGCCUCGCCCGGUCACCGCCCCCUUGAACUCACCUGCCCUCAACGGCGCCGUAUCGGACUCUGCCGCCCCUGAAGAGGAGCCGUAUACCAUCAAAUGCAUCUGUGCCUUCGAAGAUGACGAUGGAAAUACGCACAUAGACUGCUACUACCCUGAUCAGCGCGUGCCGGAGGUUCACAAUUGCGUGGAUUGCGAGCCCCGAUUGGUGGACAGCCGGCGCGCCACAGAACGGCAACGGCGGCGUAGGGAGCAGAGCGACGGCGGUGACCGGAAAACCAAACGCUCCGGGACCAAGAGCCACAAGAAGAAACCAAAAGAUCACGGGGAUCAGGCCAAUGGGUUCCACCACCGAUCGGAGUCGGGGACCCGUGAUCCACCACCCGCGAAGAAGUCCAAGACGAACCAUCGCCCCUCCGGGUCGGUCAGUUCCAUGUCUGGCCUCCCCUCUCUCGCGCCCGACGGGCGCAAGCGGGGCGGGUCGUCGAUGAGUCCGAUCAAACCCUCGGGUCCUCUGAUCCCCCUGUAUUCCAGUGACUUCCUGCAUCUCUAUGAUCGCGACCAGGGGUAUUCGCACAUGGAUAGCAAUCUCUUCGUCAACCUCCCUCUUGCUGCGGAUCUGGCAUCGUGGGUGACCAAGCCGGAGGCGCUGGCGAAUGUGACCAACGGUCGGUCGGCGCAGGACAUCUUCACUUGGUCGGACGCCGCCCUGGACCGGGGUCGCUGGCCCGAGUUGUCCAUCGACUCGAUCACGGACCCUGGUCUCGAGGUCGAUGGCCGACAACCCACCUGGAAGAUCCUCAAGACCCGGGAUCCCGUGGGCAAAGAUCAGAUCGUAGGUGAGAUCACCGGCAAGAUCGGACUCCUGCGCGAUUACUGUCUCGAUCCCGGCAAUCGUUGGCAGGAGCUCCGGCACCCCGAACCCUUUGUGUUCUUUCACCCGCAGUUGCCGAUCUACAUUGAUAGUCGGCACGAAGGGAGCACUCUUCGUUUUGUACGGCGCUCUUGUCGCCCCAAUGUCACGAUGAAGACCUAUAUUACGAACGAGGAAGACAUCCCGCCCGGCUCCGAGAUUACCGCCAUGUGGUACCUAGAUCCUCAGCUGUUUGAAUCGACCAAUGGCCUCGUUAAGCAGGAAACCAGUGAGUCGGCACAGGACGCGGCCGCCAUCUGCAUCAGCAAUGUGCUGGCCCAUUUCGGCGGGUGCGCCUGCGUUCCGCCCCCCAACUGCUUGCUGUCGAGCGUGGAUCGGCGGCGACAUCCCAAGGCGCUAGACUCCAAGUCUGCCGGUACCAAGCGGAAGAAGCCCAAGAUCAAAUCAUCCAACAUCUCGCCUGCGGCCAGUAAUAGUCGUGCCGGCAGUGAGAUGACCAAGAAUGCCGACGACGAUGACCAGGCGGACAGUCGUUCGACGUCCGACUCGGUCCGCGGUCAAACACACAGUCGCGAUCUCACCCCCACGUUGCCCACGCAUGAUGGCUCGGGCUUCGGCGAGUCGGAGCUGUCGGCACGGGAAAAGCGCAAGAUCGCGGCCGCGGAAAAGAAGUUUCAACAGUUGGAGCAGAAUCAACAAGCGUCCCACAAACGAAGGAAACGGGUCAGCGGGCCGUCCCUCCAAACAUCAGCCACUCAGCCGGGCAUGCGUGAUCGUCAGUCCUAUUCGCCGUCGUCCGGUCCGUCUCCGGGGUUGUUCGCACGUCAUGGCUCCCCACGGAGAGCAUCCGGCCCUAGCACUCCUUCCGGUCGCCAUGGGGGGAGUCCUCAGCAGUAUGUGGAUUCGGCUAUCCAGACCGAGGUGGAUAACAAUGCAGGAUUACCCCCGACCACCCCCACAUCUGCGCUGUCGACGCCUCGUCGAUCUAGUUUCGUUCCACUGACUCAACGACUGUUGAAACGAUGCUAUUCCGAUCGCGUGCGUUUAGAGCAGGUUUGCCAACGGUCACCAGUUUCCCCAAGUGCGCCGCUGGCCUCCCCAUCCUCUCUCAGUCCUCAUCACGUGCCGCCUACGGUUACCACCCCUAGUGCACGGGGGGACAAAGAUGUGGAUAUGAAGGAUCUCGGCUCUUCCGCAGGGACGUCGUCCAUUCGAUCCGUCGGGCAAGAGGCAGACUCCUCGCCAUUGUCCGCGCGGAGCUCUACCAAGCCACCAGCCCCUCCGCCGUGGCCAUCGACCGCGGCUCAUAAUAGUCGAAUACCUGGGAAGAACAUGAGUAACUUUGGUGCCAACCUACGGGUCUCUCUUCCUCCCCCAGCGGCUCCCUCUGUCCAUUCCGCCAGCAGUCCAGGCUCCGCUACAGCAUCCACCGGCAUGUCCCCGCCAUCUACCCUCGACUCGUCACAUCCUAAUCCCACCACCCCUGGACCUGGCAUCACGGCGCCCAGUCCGGUGAAGAAGAAGCUCAGCCUGGGCGAUUACCUAAUCCGGAGAGGGACACUAUCAACCCCUACAUCGGAGAAGACCCAAGCCCAGGCCACCUCGACGCUUCCACAGCAGUCCCCGCCUAGUCAACCCUCGUCACGUCGCAGCGCCAGCCGCAAUCACGAUCUCGAUUGA